UAUCCUACAAAUGGGAGACAAGGGACCUACAGUGCUAGUGAGAGAGAAGCCUGCCAGGGGAGCCUGUCAGAUAUGAGUUUUUCACUGAACUUUACACUGCCAUCGAAUACAACUUCCUCUCCAGUUGCCACGAGUGCCAAAGCCACAGACUGUGGUCCCUCUAUCGGACUGGCAGCCGGAAUCCCAUCCCUGUUGGCCACAGCCCUGCUGGUGGCUUUGCUGUUUAUCUUGAUCCAUAGAAGAAGAACCAUCGAUGAGCCUGUGGAGGAGACUGAGAUACCGUGUGAAAUUUCAGAACUCUAUGACAAUCCCAAAAUAUCUGAGAAUCCUAGGCGGUCACCCACACAUGAAAUGAACCCACGAGGCAGCCAAGAAGGUCACAUAUAUGUGAAGACCAUCUCGGGAAGUGAGGAGCCCCUGCAGGACACCUACCGCCCUCCUCCUGAAGAAAUAGAGAGAAGAAGAGGACUUUGGUGGCUUAUCCCCAGACUGAGCCUAGAAUGAUGUCACUGCAUCAGGGAGCAGCAAACCCAGAGCUGGAUCGGGGCUGAAAACCUGGAAUCUGUGCUCAGGGUUCAUGCUUGGAGCGGUGAGCAGCCAGCUGCCUCUCAUUCCACAUCAAUUUCAUUUGUAGAUCCAGGACAUGUAUGGUUGGGUGCCUUGCCUCUUUAGGGGAUGGCUGCAGUUCAUUCAGGCUCAGGCCUUGCAGUGUAAUCAGCAAUGCCCAGGUGAGUUGCUUAUGCAUCCAGAUGAGCCCCAUAUUUCCUACUUCUGAAUCUAGAGAAGUCUGCCUUUGGGAAAUGGUUUGGCUCCUGAAUGUCCUGCCUUCUCCUCUACCUGUUCCAAAUGUUAUCAUUAAAAAAUAAAAUGAAAUAAAGCUUUGGGAGUUGGC